AUGUCUGAUAUCAGUGACGUGAAGAAGGUUGAAGAUACGGAGUCUCUCCGUUACCUCGAAUCGCUGGACAUCAACAGAUCACAUAAUGAGUCCAGUGGUGGCCAGGUGGAGGUAUUUGACCCAAAGACUGGUGUCAAGAGAGGGCUGAAGGAUCGUCAUAUCUCGCUCAUUGCCCUUGCUGGUAUCAUUGGCCCAGGUAUCUUGGUCGGUGCGGGUAUCACAUUACGUAUGGGUGGUCCGUUGGCCCUGUUGAUUGGCGUUGUUGUCAUAGGGUUCGUCGCUUACAGUAUCAUGGUGUCCUUAGGAGAGAUGAUCAGUAUCUAUCCUACAGGUAAUGGAUUCACUUCACUGGCUAGACGAUUCCACAGCAACCCACUGGGCGCAGUCAGUGGGUACAACUACGUUAUCGUGUGGUUCUGUGUGCUGAGUAACGAAUACAACACUUUAUCGUCAAUCAUGCAGUACUGGGAUACCGAGCCUAAGAUACCACUCUACGGUUACAUCCUUAUCUUUUGGGUGGCCUUUGAAUGCUUUCAACUCUUAGGAGUAUCUGCCUUUGGCGAAGCCGAAUACUGGCUGGCCCUCAUCAAGAUCUUUGGGUUGCUUGCGUACUAUAUCUUUUCCGUUAUCUACAUAUCUGGUGGUGUCAGAAACCGUCCAGCUUUUGGAUUCCACUACUGGAAUGAUCCUGGAGCGUUGACACAUGGCUUUAGAGGUGUUGCAUCUGUCUUUACGUACGUUUCCACCUUCUUCAGUGGUGUUGAAGGUAUCUCCACAACGGUGAGUGAAACCAAGAAUCCACGCCGUGCCAUUCCAAAAGCUAUUAGACAGACUGUUUUCAGAAUCAUCUUCAUCUAUCUCUUCAUUGCUAUCUUUUACGGUGCAACUGUUCCGUCCAAUGACCCGGGCCUCUUGGCUGGUCAACGUGCCUUGAAGUCUCCAAUUGCUAUUGCCAUUGUCAAUGCUGGUUGGGCUGGUGGUUAUGACUUGGUGAAUGCCUUUAUCCUCGUGACGUGCCUGUCUGCUGUGAACAGUUCCAUCUACAUUGGAAGUCGUACUCUAACAAAUAUGGCCAGUGAAGGACUGGCUCCAAAGAUUGUUGCCUGGAAGAAUAAGAGGGGAGUGCCAGUUGUUGCGGUGACCCUUAUGAACCUCUUGGGUUUGCUAUCAAUAAUGAACAUCAGCACAGGUGCCUCGGAUGCGUUUAAUUAUAUCGUUAAUAUUUCAGGUGUUGCUGUAUUCAUCGUUUGGGGACUGAUUAGCUAUACACACAUCCGUAUAAGACAUGCUUGGAGGAUACAGGGAUUUGACUUGAAUCAGCUACCGUAUAGAACAAGAUUGUACCCCUACAUUGCGUGGUUUGGACUCGGUGCUAACAUAUUUCUGGCUCUUGUCCAAGGUUGGACUACAUUGUCUCCCUUUGAUGCUGGUGACUUCGUGGAUGCCUACAUCUUACUGCCCUUCAUCCUUGUCAUAUACGGAGUCGCUGGAUUGUUCAAAGGGUUCUCAAUUGUGGACUUGUCCGAGAUAGAUCUCGACGAAGGACGUAGAGAAGAUAUUGACUACCAUGAUGAGACAGUCAAGCUUACGUGGUAUCAGAAACUAUGGGAUUUCUUCUAA